AUGGGCGAACUGCCGAGCACCUCCAUCGCCGCCCCAGUCGCUCCGCCACCGCCCACGGAGGAGCGCAUUGAGGAAUCGUCCGAGAACGACGAGCAGGAGAGAGCUUCCGAGGAGCAAGUGAGCCGCGAUCCCGACGACGCCGAAGCGCUCCGGUCGCUCAUGGAGGCGAAGAUCAAGGCGAACAAGCUUGACGAGGUGGUCCAGGUCCUGGACCGGCUGAUCGAGCUCGAACCGGAGGACCUCGAAUGGCCGCUGCUGAAAGCCAACAUCCAUAGCCACAACGGAGAACUAGAGCUCACAAAAAGCGAAUUCGAGGCGAUUCUUGAGAAAGAUCCUCUCCGCGUCGAAGCUUACCACGGCCUGGUAAUGGCGGCCUCGCAAUCGGGAGAGAAACUGAAUGGCAUGGUGAGGAGAGUCGAGGGGAGGCGAUGA